AUGGCUGAAGCAUCUGGGAAAAAACAGCAAUCUGCAGCCACGCCGGUAUACAUCCUCCGCGGGCAUGCUGCGCCGAUACAUGCCUUGUAUGUGUUCUCCCAGAACUUGCGGCUUGUGUCUGGGGAUGCCGAGGGCUGGAUCGUCGUCUGGGAUCUAGUCACCAAGCGACCGGUGACGGUAUGGAAGGCCCAUAAAGGCGCCGUGCUCGAAGUCAAGGGCUUUUCAAUUCAGGGUGGCGGGUCUGAGAUCUAUACACAUGGUCGCGAUCAUAAAUUAUGUGUCUGGAGGCUUCGCAAGGAAGAUGAGGAUUUACUUGACAAGUCUCUCCCUGUGGAUGCCACUGUUUCUGAUCAAAACCAAAGAACUCAGCCGUGGUUGCUUCACUCUCUCCCAGUGAACGCGCUCAAUUUCUGCGCCUUUUCUAUGUCAUUCAUUGACAUGACCAGCAAGGAGAUGUCCGGAGAUGAGUCAAAACCGGAAGAUGCACCCAGGAAAGAUAUCUUAUUUGCAGUCCCCAAUGCCCUUGACUCUGGUGGCAUCGAUAUAUUCCAUCUGCCCUCCGAGCGUCGGCUCACCACCAUCCGGUCGGAUCCUGCUAUCAAGACCGGCAUGGUCAUGGGCGUCAACCUUUUUGUAACGCCCUCCGGUGACAUCUUCGUGACAUCCGCCUACGAGGAUGGUCAUGUUAUGGCCUUUGUCCGACGAGGCCCUCUCGACUCGUCAAGUCUUGAUCCGAACUAUAUCGCUUCGAAUCCCUGGACAUGGGAAAAGCUCUACGGCAGCCGCCCUCACACCCAGCCUGUUCUCUCUAUCGACACCUCUCCCACCCGCGACUUCUUUUUCUCUUCGUCAGCAGAUGCAUUGAUCAUCAAACACCCCAUUCCAACUAGUAGCCAGAGCUCUACUAUCGGGAACCAGGAGGACCUGCCGAUGAAAACAAUUAAUACGAAGCACUCUGGCCAACAGGGAUUGCGGAUUCGCGGGGAUGGCAAGGUGUUAGCCACUGCUGGCUGGGACAGCAGGGUGCGGGUGUACUCGUGCAAGACUAUGAAAGAGCUCGCUGUCCUCAAGUGGCACAAGGAGGGCUGCUAUGCCGUGGCCUUUGGCGAGGCCAACUCCACCACUCAACCCGCAUCUUCUGCCAAAACAGAGCCAGAAGAACCGGACGAAAAAGACAACACAACUCAAAGAUACGACGCCUCACUCGCUAAUAUUCACCAACAACGAAAUCACAAAAUACAACAAACACACUGGCUGGCAGUCGGUUCCAAGGACGGAAAGAUCUCAUUAUGGGAUAUCUACUGA